AUGAACGUCGAAAAGGACGUGGCAGCAGUAGCUGUGCCGGAGGACCCUGCUGACAUGCAGGAGACAGGUAGUGAAUACACUACUUUGUCCGAUGGCGAUCAAACUGGACCAGAGUAUAGCGGCAAAGACGACUCCGACGACAAGAAAAAGAAAGACAAGAAGCACACCAGCACAUACAGCAUCAAGAUCGGCCGCGCAUUCACGCGCCUAGUCCUCCUCACCACGUGCCUCUCUUUCAUCGCCAUACGCCUCCUGUACUUCAACAAACAGCUCUCCAUAGCCGCCGGACACAACAUGGAACUCUACAACGCCACGACCGACAUGUCCCACGCCCACAUCUCUGAGGCGUCAGUAAAGUCCCUCUUUGACACCCAACUAGACACCAUCGACUCUCUGCCCUUAUCCCGCCGCUUCAUGGAACCCCAUGAACGAUGCCUCGUCCGCAGUCUGUACGUUGCCAACGCCUCCCUCUCCUCGGGCCCUGGCUUCCAAUACCCGAAUAUCCGCGACCGCGUUACCGAGUGGGCGGAUGAGCACUGCGGUAGACAAGUCUUCAGCCCGCUGAUUGUUGCCAAGGCGUCUACGGCGAAGCAGCGACUGGAGCAGCAUUGGGUGAACUUUGCGUACCGGUCUAGGUAUUUGGCUGAGAGAGUGCCAUCUUUCUUCAGGGAAUUUAAGCAGGAGAUGUUCCAGGCUUACGUCCGUUAUAUCAUCGGCGAUCUGCACCGGCAUGAUGUUGAUGUUGCGAAGCUUAAGGAACGCAUUGUCGCCGACACCACUGUUCCAGCAAAGGUCCUUCCAGAUGUUCCCUUUGGCUUCGCAUUUGUCUGUGAAGACGGGAGACCUUGUCGUCUAACAUAUCCCAACGGAACCGACCAGGCUACCUCUGAGGCAAAUUCAACAUCGAACAUUACCAUCGCCCUCUUCAACCAUCUCACCACGCGCCAAACCAAACUCUUUACAAUCAUCAACGACCCCAAAGAACUUCCCCGGAUCACUACAGCCCUCAUCAACCUAAUCUACCGCACCCAGAUCGCCCUCCUCAUCCUCAUAAUGGUGCUCCCCACCUUCGCCGACCGCACAUUCCUUGAAACCUUUGCCUCCAACAAGUCCGAAGUCUGCAUCCUGAUAGCCAUGCUGGCGUUCCAAUGCCUCAUCUUCAUCAUCGCGCCCGGCUUCUGCAUCAAAGGGCCACUACUGUUUCGUGCAGCUCUUGCGGCUGAGCUCGUACUUCUGGUCGGUAUCAUGACGUACCUGUAUAUUGAUGAGAUGUAUGAGGAGACUCAGUUGGUUGUUGAGCCUUUGCAUAUUGCCUUGGGUGGUGAGGUUGGCGACAUUUACGCUGGCACCGACGCGGACGCUGACGCCCAAACUGUGGGCAAGAAGAUGAUUCGUAGAGUGGCGGUGUAUGAGAUAUCUUCAAAGUGGUCGGAAGAAUACGAGAAACAAUUUGUGAUCGAUAUGUACAACCGUGUGCACUACGGAACUGAGACGGAUACCUUUACGGAGAGCGAGUCCGAGUCCGAGGAGGAGUAUAUGAUUGAUAGUGAUACUGUUGAUUUGGCGGGUGGCUUGACGACACUGGAGGUCAGGGAGGUGGAGGGCGGAUGGGCUGUUCUCUAG